GGGGCGGGAGCACGUAAAGCCCCACGUGCUUCGUCUCUCCAGGCUCCUCGCGCGGACUCCUGCUCUCUCGAAGCAGCACGCGCGCAAAGCCAGACAGGUGCGUUUUUAGGAAACCCCAUCCGCGUGUUUUCACCCCGCGCACCGUGGCGACGGUCUCUGCGAAAUGCGGGCGUCGCGUUUAAGAGAAGAGGAAAGCAGCUGUCGUGUUCAGCAUCAGUCCCGCUGCGCUCCUCUCGGCUCCUGGCGGGUCAUCUAACGGCGCAGCUCCGAGGAAAUCACUGGGACUAUGUGAGCAUCAUGAUCCCUGUGAGAUGCCUGCUGUUCGCCGCAGUCUGUGCGAGGUACGCCGAGACAGCAGGUGUGGGGGAAUGGGUGAGGUUGCCCUCUGCAGAGGAGGUCGUCCAACCCAAGCGGCUCUUGCAACAGAUCCACUCAGAGGAGGAGCUGCUGCACGGUCACCUGGACACCCGGGUCAGAAACCUGCCAGAUGGCAUUCAGCAGCCCAUCCAUUUGGCCCAGAGCAGCUUCCUGGUGGAGGCCUUUGGCACAUCCUUCACCCUUGACCUGGAACUGAACCACAACCUCCUGUCUACAGACUAUGUGGAGCGUCACUUUGACAACGGGGAGCUGUCACAAAAUACGGGCGGGGAGCAUUGCUACUACCACGGGCGAGUGCGGGGGCUGCCUGGCUCCUGGGCCGCGAUUUCCACCUGCCGAGGCCUUCAGGGGAUGUUUUCUGACUCCAACUUCUCUUAUGGGAUUGAACCCGUCGGUAACGGAGAGAAAGAUCACAUCGUGUAUCGAAUGCCCGACAUCGACCUCGUCUCACUUCCCUGUCCAGGAUGCUUCACGAACAGCACAGAGGGACGAACAGAUGGUCUCUCUGGAGGAGACGGCGAGAUGAAGGAUGGAGACAACAAGUCUGAAGAAGAGAAAACUGUCUUCGCCAGAGGCCGGAGGCGCUCCAAAAGACAAGUGAGGCGAGGCCAGCGCACCGUUCAGACCGAGACCAAGUACAUCGAGUUGAUGAUCGUUAAUGACUAUGAGCUGUUUGUGCAGCUCCGCAGGUCGACGUCUCAAACGAAGAUUUUUGCCAAAUCCGUAGUGAACAUGGCCGACCUGAUCUACAAGGAGCAGCUCAACACCCGCAUCGUCCUGGUAGCCAUGGAAACCUGGUCGUCUGAGAACAGGAUCGCCGUCGGCGACGACGCUUUGCUCACGCUGAGAGACUUCAUGAAGUUCAGGAAGGAGAGCAUCAAGCAGCGCUGCGACGCCGUGCACCUCUUCUCAGGGAGGACGUUCAUGAGCAGCCGCAGCGAAGCCGCGUACAUCGGGGGCAUCUGCUCCUUGACGAGGGGCGGCGGCAUCAACGAGUUUGGCAGCGUGGGUCCGAUGGCCAUCACUCUGUGCCAGAGUCUGGGGCAGAACAUCGGCAUGCUGAGGAACAAAGAGCGAACAGCUGCAGGAGGCUGCAGGUGUCCAGAUCCAUGGCUGGGCUGCAUCAUGGAGGACACCGGCUACUACCUGCCCAGGAAGUUUUCCCGCUGCAGUAUUGACGAGUACCUGCGCUUCCUGCAGCAGGGAGGAGGAAGCUGCCUGUUUAACAAACCCACUAAGCUGUUAGAUCCCCCAGAAUGUGGGAAUGGAUAUGUGGAGCUGGGAGAGGAAUGUGACUGUGGAUCACUGGCGGAGUGUAGUCAAAGUGGAGCCAAUUGCUGUAAGAAGUGCACUCUGACCCACAACGCCAUGUGCAGCAAUGGGCUGUGCUGCAGGGACUGCAAGUAUGAGCUCAGAGGAGUGACCUGCCGCGAUGCCGUGAAUGACUGUGACAUUCUCGAAACCUGCACAGGCGACUCCAGCCAGUGUCCUCACAACGUCCACAAACUGGACGGAUACACGUGUGAAGCUGGCCAGGGUCGGUGUUACGGUGGCCGCUGUAAGACCAGAGAUGGCCAGUGCAGAACUCUAUGGGGUUACAACUCGGCUGACAGGUUUUGUUAUGAAAAGCUGAACUCGGAGGGAACGGAGAAGGGGAACUGUGGGCCGAACCCCGGUGGGCAGGGAUGGGUCCAGUGCAACAAACAAGACGUUCUGUGUGGGCUGCUGCUUUGCACCAACCUGACAGAAAGGCCCAGAUUUGGGGAACUGCAGGGAAGACUCACCAGUUUGACGAUCCAUCACCAGAACCGAUACAUGGACUGCAGAGGGGGUCAUGCGGUGCUGGACGACGGUCUGGAUCUGGGCUACGUGGAUGACGGGACGCCAUGUGGGCCAAACAUGAUGUGUCUGGAGCGCCGUUGCCUCCCCGUGCCGACCUUUAACCUCAGCUCCUGCCCCGGCUCCUCAACCUCACGCAUCUGCUCCCACCAUGGGACCUGCAGUAACGAGGUGAAGUGCAUCUGUGAUCCCGAUUACACCGGGAAGGACUGCAGCGUGUUCGACCCAAUCCCGACGCCGACCCCACUGGAGGGACCAGAGAAGAACAAAGGUCCCAGUGGCACCAAUAUCAUAAUCGGUUCGGUGGCUGGUGCGAUUCUGCUCGCUGCAAUAAUCCUGGGGGGAACAGGCUGGGGAUUUAAGAAUAUCCGGAAAGGACGAUCUUCAGGAGUUUAAGUUGCACCUCUCUUAUUCCUGUCCACUCUGAGGACACAGAACAGAGACGUCUUCCACUUGGUGAACCGUUGGGCUUUUCGUUUUUCCAUUUCCUGCUCUGAUUUUGUUCGUUUUUCCAUUUCCUGCUCUGACUUUGUUGCUCUUCACGCCGGCUGAGUUUAGUCUGCUUGGAGGAAUAAAUCUGAGAACAACGGCGCUCCUUCA